ACACAGAAACUUUUGCCCCAGUCUCCCGUCACACCUCCUUGCGCAUCCUACUCGCCCCCCACGGAUUCAUCGACGACCCUACAAAAGUAUGCCAGCUGAUAAAAUCCCUCUACGGAAUCAAACAAGCUCCACGGCUGUGGCAGCAGCAUCUUCACGGCCGCCUCGUCAGAAUCGGCUUCCUACAACUGCCGCACGACCAAGGCAUGUAUCGACUACAGAAGGAAGGAGCCUUUAUCCUUCUCAUCGUCUACGUUGACGACCUGCUCUACAUCGGCUCCACUACCGACAUCGCCACCUGGUUCGAAGGGGAGCUGAAAGAAGACUUGACACUCACGGUGUCCGACGCAGUGACCCAGUACCUGGGACUGAAUGUUGUCGAAGAAAACUCAGCGUUCUACCUACACGCUGGAAAGUACGCAGGCACCGUCGCGGAGAAAUUCGGUCUAACGCCGACUACGGUCCCAACUCCCUACCGCUACGGGAACAACAACAGCACCUCCGCAAAACUCCCCGCGAAGCAAAUCCAGGAGUAUCAACAAAAGCUCGGCUGCCUACUAUUCGCAGCAGUAACCUGCCGACCCGAUCUCUCUUAUAGCGCGAGCCAACUGGCGACGCAUCUGAAGCAGCCAGAACAAGAAGAUCUCGAGGAGCUCAACCGGGCACGUGGGAGACAGGGAAAAUCGACGAUCGAGAACGGGCUACAUCUACCAACUAGAACCUAUCGGGACUAUCUCCUGGCAGACGGCUUCGCCAACCGAACCAAGCACAUCGCCCUGCGGUACUUCUUCGUCAAUGAUGAAAUCGCGAAGGGGAGACUUCAACUCAGCUACUGCCCGACGACAGAAAUGGCCGUAGACUAUCUGACGAAGAAAUUAGCGAAAGAAAAAAUCGAAUACUGCACUCUGCUGACCGGGCAGACAAACGUCACCGGAUCUGAACACGUCAGCACUCCAGAAACGAAGGGGAGUGUUGGAAAUAUCUCGAAGGACUUAAGCGUUUCUGAAGUGUAACGCUACACUCGAGGAAGAUCGCAACGGGUACGCGAGUCAACGGAGGUUACACGAGGGGGCGAACAAAGAACGCGAAGGGACUCGAAGGGUCGCAACAGGAGGUUGCGACUGACCGGUACAACAGCGCGGAUGGUAACCGAAGCGACAA